AUGAAACAAUAUGAUAAUGCAUUUAAAUAUGCAUAUAAAACAAGAGAUUUAAAAUUAAAAUAUUUAUCAAAUAAUCAUCCAAAUUUAGCUAAAAGUUAUAUUUUAAUUGGUAAAAUUUUUACAGAUAAACAACAAUAUCGACAAGCACUUGAACAAUAUGAAAAAGCAAUGGAAAUUCAACGUGUUAAUUUAUCUAAUGAUAAUAUUGAUAUUAUAAAAGUAAAACUUGAUAUUGGAUGUAUACAUUGUCAAAUGGGAAAAUUAGAUAGAUUACCAGAAAAUUUUGAUGAUAAAAUUAAUUUAUAUUCAACAAUUGAAUGUUUUGAAUUAGCUAUAAAAUUAUAUCAUGUGGCAAGUGAAUAUGCUGAAAAAGAUCAUAAAUAUGCUGAUGCCUAUAAAUAUGAACUAAAUUCAGUUCAUAUUCGACAAUAUCAAUGGUCUGAAGUUUUUUUUUCAGAAUUAAACAAUUCAAAUAUUGAAAAUUUUCAUACAUUAGAAAAUUUGAAACAAUUAUUACCAAUUUCAAGAAUACAAUUAAAAACUAUUUUACAUAAUUUCUAUUAUAUUUUUAAACAAUGUCAUAUAGUACAACAGCGAAAACAAAUAGAUAAUAAUUUGAUUUUUGAUAAAAAAAAAGAUUUUAAAGAAAAAGCAGAUAAUUUAGAAAUAUUACUACUUUCAUUUUGGUCGGAUGAAGAGAAACAAAAGUAUGCCGAUGAUAGAAAUAGAGUUAUUUAUAACCACGUUAUGUGGAAAUUAACUUUUGAUCGUGAACGUUUCUUCUCUGAGAUAGAAUAUGAGUUGAAAAAAUUGCCAAAUUUCAAAGUAUCAAUAUCACUUGACAUUUUAGAAGAAGAAAAAGAAGUUUCUCAAUAUCUUUCGACCUUUAUGUAUGAUUUAUUUGAACAUUAUAACUUGGGAAAACUUGACCUAGGAGACUAUGAAGAUAUUGACCAAAAUAUGGAUAAAGAUGCUGAUGAAGAUGUUGACACAGAUAUGGAUGAAGAUGCUAACGAAGAUGUUGAUAAAAGAAGUAGAAAAAAUCCAUUCAAAAAUGUUAAAGUUCUUCUAUUAAAAUGUAUCAUAUAUGGAAGGGAAUCCGCUCGACUAAACAAUGCUGUUGACGCAGCCACACUAUUUAUAUUAGCAUUAGAGUUAUAUGAACAUUUUUUUAAACUUACAAAUUCUUCUACUGAUAAGAACGACAACGAUAAUAAUAAACCCCCCCCCAGAAUAGAAGGGCAUGGCUUUCUCUUGUGUCCCGUCGGAUCAACCUUUUUAGGGUGGC